CUGGCUACCAUGUCACGGACUAUUUAUAUCACUUCAAUAACGACUGGUAGGACCGAAGCGAAUGUCCGCAGCCGUUCUUUGAACGCACCCUCUUCGUGAAGAGCCGGGCAUGCGGACCGUCGUGCUCUCAAAAAUAGCUAUUAGCACGAGCGGCACUUCGCCUCGGGCUCUGGGUUUCCUGUAUUGAGACCACUGGAUAUAAUAACUCCAAGACUCCUCACGUUCUGGCGUGUCAAGUGGCUCAGCGACGCAGAACUCAGCCAAUUCACCCCUUGCGAUGUGGUCCAUUGUCAUUUCAAGCAUUCUCCUGGGAGCCUUUCUGGCCACCCGAGCCAGUCCCACUCCUCGCACAUCUGAAUCACACACGGUACAGCUAGUCAACAAUUGCGGCAAAGGCACAGCCACAUUCCGAUUGGAAGGGAGUGGACCAUACACAGGGGACACCAACAUCAUCCAAGGUCCCGCGCUGGGCGGUAUUGCUUGGGUCAGUGAUGCGUAUGGAUGCGAGGACUACGGCCAAAACUGUGGAGUUGUCGAGUUCUCCCUUCAAAAUCCUACUUCCCAAAACGAUCAGGCAAGCAAUGCAGCAGCUUAUGACGUCCAAGAGAGCGAGGUCCAGAUGCAUGAAUAUAAGUACGAGAUGGACUUCGCGCUGGAUGGUUGUCAGGUGUCGCCUUAUGUUCCUGGACCAUGCAGUGGGAAUACACCGAGUGAUUGUCCGGGAGCCUUUCCAGCAGACGAGCCCGUCGCCACACCCUUCGAGUGCACUGCUGACAAUGUUGGUAUCGUUAUCACCUUCUGUUGAUCUGUUUCCGGAUCAUGCAUGAAUUUUGUGACUGCGUGUAGACCUUAAUAGUACAGAAAUUAUGACCAUUCCCAAGGAGUCGCACUCCUCCUCACUGGUGACGCUCUCUGUGCUGAUUUUGCAGAGCUUGGGGUUGGAUUAGAGCUCAGGAUGGAAUCAGAUCACUACAUG